CCCGGUCAUGGUGCUGGGCAGCGGGCUUCUCCGCCGUUGGAGCCUCGCUGCGCUGGGAGUCGCCUGCGCCCGUCGCGGCCUGGGUCCAGCCCUGGUGGGAAUCUUUCUCCAUCACACGGAUUUAAGGAAGAGCUUGACCGUGGAUCAGGGCACCAUGAAGGCUGAGUUACUGCCUGCUCUGACCGACAAUUACAUGUACCUGAUCAUCGAUGAUGACACUAAGGAGGCUGCUAUUGUGGACCCAGUGCAGCCCCAGAAGGUUGUGGAAACGGUGAAGAAGCAUGGUGUGAAGCUGACUACAGUGCUCAGCACCCACCACCACUGCGACCACGCUGGCGGGAACGAGAAGCUGGUCAAGUUGGAGCCUGGAUUGAAGGUGUACGGGGGCGAUGACCGGAUCGGGGCCCUGACUCAAUAA